CAGCCUGCCAGGAGGUAUAUCCUGGGACUACCCAUCGGCUUGCCUCUACGCCUUCUCUUUAAUUUCGACCAUUGGGGGCGGGGCUUGGUCUGGAGGCAGCAUACGAGCGUUCGUGGUUGCCUACUCACUAGUGGGUGUUCUGCUUUACUAUUGCAUGAUCGUUGCGUGGAGCAGGCGUAUCACUGAUACGCUCAUCAGGCUGACGCGACUAUGUUUCCCGUCCACACCUGCGCAGAGCAAUGGAGGGAGAGCUUAUCUGUCGCACGACCGUCGUGCUCGAGCUUUGGCGCUGUUGAUCACACUCCUGCUCUUCUGCGGAAUGUGGCUGGGAGUCUGUCCCGUAGUGAGCCUGUCUGUCCCGGUGGCGACUUACGGGGAACGCUUUGAGGUGGCGACCCUAGCGCUGCUACUCGUCCGGUUGCCAUAUCCACUUCCCCAGGAUAAUGACGUCAUCGCUAUCUUCAUAACGUGCAUUGCUCUUGGACAUUGCUUUCUGCUUUCCUUCUUGGCGCAGCUCAAGGCCGCGUGCGAUCGCUGGAUCCAGCGUUGGCUGGGCGGACAGUAAGGACAGCAGCUACUGGACACAGUGGAUAAUUACAUAGAUGAUUGUUUACUGGCAAUAAUUCUAAUAACAUUGUUCAAAGCUCAUGACAAAUUGACAAAUACAGAAUUAGAUUUU